CGCUAUACCCGCGGGUCAGCCAUUAUUCUGGGCUUCAGGUGCCUUCGCGUCCAGUUUUCGUGUCAUCUCCUGGCGCCCCGGCGCCAAGGUGGUGGUCCCCAAGCCCGGAGCCGCCGCGGGAGACCCCGGUCUUAUAGAUGAUGUUCUUCAAGCUCUAAGGAAGAAGUCAAGCAAGAAUUGAGGGACCCUGGAGAGGAGUCUGUCUUAAAUGGCAGCAAUGACAAGAGAAAAUUGGGCCCACAGUGCUCUGCGACAAGAGGGCCUCGUUAAAGGGAAGGAUGAUACCUGGAAGUGGGGAACCAGCUUCCAAGGGAGUAGCUCCACUGUUUGGGAGACCUCCCACCUGCACUUUAGACAGUUACGUUAUCAUGAGACAUCUGGACCCCAGGAGGCACUGAGCCGGCUCCGGGAGCUCUGUCGCCGGUGGCUGAGGCCAGAAGCACGCACCAAGGCCCAGAUCCUGGAGCUGCUGGUGCUGGAGCAAUUCCUGAGCAUCCUGCCUGGGGAGAUACGGACCUGGGUGCAGAUCCAUCGCCCCGGGAGUGGUGAGGAGGCCGUGGCCCUGGUAGAAGAGCUGCAGAAAGACCUUGAUGGACCAGCAUUAAAAGUUCCAGCCUUUGUCCAGGACCAGGACACUCUCCAGGAGGGUCUGAGUACUCCAGGAAUAGCACUUCCUCAUGCACCCACUGGCAGCCAUAUAUCAGCUGAAAUUCGCUCAAGUUCUCUUACUGACCCAGUGGUGUUCGGCUUGCUCCAGGAUCCUCAACAUGAUUCUCCUGCCCCUGAAGCUUCUGCCCUUUCCCAGGAAGAGAACCCCAGAAAUCAAUUAAUGGCUCUCAUGCUCUUGACAGCCCAGCCCCAGGAAUUGGUGAUGUUUGAGGAGGUAUCAGUAUGCUUCACUUCAGAAGAAUGGGCAUGUUUGAGCCCAGUUCAGAGGGCCUUGUACUGGGAUGUGAUGCUGGAGAAUUACGGAAAUGUGACUUCCUUAGAAUGGGAGACCAUGACUGAGAAUGAGGAGGUGACAUCCAAGUUGAGCAUAUCUCAAAGAGCAGAUUCUCAGAGAGGAAUAUCAAAUAGAUUUCAAGGAGGUGUUCCCCAGCUUCUUGACUUUGAGGAAGAGUGUGAAUGGCAAGUUUUUUCAAGUCAGUGGGGAAAUGAAGCAAGGGAAAGAGAUAUACUGAAGAAAGGUUCCCUGUGGGAACGAGACAAAAAAAGGACUCCACCAGAAAAACGAGGCCAAAAGUGGGAGGAAUUUGAAGAAAGCUUGGUGUCAGAUUCAGCUUUUUCUGAAAGUUUAAUAGGUGCUGAAGGAAAGAAGCUUUAUAAAUGUGAUAUAUGUUGUAAACAUUUCAAUAAAAUCUCCCAUCUUAUAAAUCAUCGGAGGAUCCACACUGGGGAGAAACCUCAUAAAUGUAAGGAGUGUGGAAAAGGCUUUAUUCAGCGCUCAAGCCUUCUAAUGCAUUUACGAAACCAUUCUGGUGAGAAACCUUAUAAAUGUAAUGAAUGUGGGAAAGCCUUCUCUCAGAGUGCUUACCUUCUAAACCAUCAGAGAAUCCACACUGGGGAGAAACCUUAUAAAUGUAAGGAGUGUGGAAAGGGCUUCUAUAGGCACUCAGGCCUUAUUAUACAUCUCAGACGCCAUUCUGGGGAGAGACCCUAUAAAUGUAAUGAGUGUGGCAAAGUUUUUUCUCAGAACGCUUACCUCAUUGACCACCAGAGGCUCCACAAAGGAGAAGAACCUUAUAAAUGUAACAAGUGUCAGAAAGCUUUCAUUCUGAAGAAGAGCCUCAUUCUGCACCAGAGAAUCCACUCUGGGGAAAAACCCUAUAAAUGUGAUGAAUGUGGAAAAACUUUUGCCCAGACCACUUACCUGGUUGACCAUCAGCGGCUCCACAGUACAGAGAACCCAUAUAAAUGUAAAGAAUGUGGAAAAGUUUUCAUUCGAAGCAAAAGCCUCCUCCUACACCAGAGAGUUCACACAGAAAAGAAGACUUUUGGUUGUAAAAAAUGUGGGAAGAUUUUCACUUCUAAGUCAAGUCUCAUUGAUCAUAAGAGGAUGCAUAGCAGAGAGAAGCCUUAUAAAUGUACUGAAUGUGGGAAAGCCUUCACUCAGAGUGCUUACCUUUUUGAUCAUCAGAGACUCCACAAUGGGGAAAAGCCCUACGAAUGUAAUGAAUGUGGGAAAGUUUUCAUUCUGAAAAAGAGCCUCAUUUUACAUCAGAGAUUUCACACUGGAGAGAAUCUCUAUGAAUGUAAAGACUGUGGCAAAGUCUUUGGUUCUAAUAGAAACCUCAUUGACCACGAGAGACUCCACAAUGGGGAGAAGCCCUAUGAAUGUCGAGAGUGCGGGAAAACCUUCAUUAUGAGCAAAAGUUUCAUGGUCCAUCAGAAGCUCCAUACACAAGAGAAGGCCUACAAAUGUGAGGAUUGUGGGAAGGCUUUCAGUUACAAUUCAAGCCUGCUCGUACAUCGGAGAAUCCACACCGGGGAAAAGCCCUUUGAAUGCAGUGAAUGUGGAAGAGCUUUCAGUUCUAACAGAAACCUCAUUGAACAUAAGAGAAUCCACAGUGGUGAGAAACCGUAUGAGUGUAAUGAGUGUGGCAAAUGCUUCAUUCUGAAGAAAAGCCUCAUUGGACAUCAGAGGAUUCACACAAGGGAAAAAUCUUACAAAUGUAAUGACUGUGGGAAAGUCUUCAGUUACCGCUCCAACCUUAUAGCCCAUCAGAGAAUCCACACUGGUGAGAAGCCCUAUGCAUGUAAUGAGUGUGGGAAGGGCUUUACUUAUAAUAGAAAUCUUAUUGAGCAUCAAAGAAUUCACAGUGGAGAAAAAACCUAUGAAUGUCAUAUAUGUAGGAAAGUGCUUACCUCUAGUAGAAAUCUUAUGGUGCAUCAAAGAAUCCAUACUGGAGAAAAACCUUAUAAAUGUAGUGAGUGUGGAAAAGACUUUAGUCAGAACAAAAACCUUGUUGUACAUCAGAGAAUGCACACUGGGGAAAAACCAUAUGAAUGUGAAAAGUGUAGAAAAUCUUUUACUUCUAAGAGGAAUUUAGUUGGCCACCAGAGAAUCCACACAGGAGAGAAACCAUAUGGGUGUAAUGACUGUAGUAAAGUUUUUAGGCAAAGAAAAAACCUGACUGUACAUCAGAAAAUUCAUACAGAUGAAAAAAACUGUGAAUGUGAUGAGUCUGAAAAAGAAUUCUCUCAGACUUCAAACCUUCAUCUUCAACAAAAAAUCCACUCUUUGGAGGAUUUUGGGUCCUAUUCUCUUGGGUCCAAAUUCUCUUGGGUCCAAAAUGCCAGUGAGUCCAAGAUCAAGAUUCAGAAAAUCUAGUAUUGUGUAAAAUGGAAUAGCAUCCCUGCCUCUGUAAGUGACUGUUGGAUAAAUGGCAGCAUAUGGUUUUUAUAAGGGAAAAAAGUCAUGAUUGACCCUUUUGUAGACAAAUAUGUUGCAUGAGGCAGAAAGUUAAUCUAGACUUUCAAGACUAUGAAAACAUAAGCCAAAUUCUAGUUAAAAGAUACUCUGUUCCAAAUCAUUUCUUAUGAACCUAGAAAAGGACCUUGAAGCACUUAAAGAUUCUGAAGAAACUGAAUUAUGAUUUAUAAGAUAUAAUGAUGAUGUUGUAAAUGAUAGCAAAAAUAUCUUUGUAUUAAAAAGUGUAUGUUUUGAAAAGAUACAUAUCUAUGGUACAUCUUAAAGAUAAUAUCACUCUAGAGAAUGUCUGUACAGACAGUGUGAUUAAGACAUACAAAACAUGAAGUUGGGUGGGCAGGACUGCUCUUUGAGGACAAUUUAAGUACACUGGAUUUGGAAUCUGAAAACCUAGGUUUGGAUCCUGGCUCUUUCACUUACGAGCUCUGUGAUGUUAUUAAGUCAGUCUCUAAGUCUCAGUUUCUCUGUCAGUCAAAUACUGGCAUAACCCCUACUUCAGAGAAUUGUUUUGAGCAUUUCGUAAAAGGAUCACGUGAAAGUACUUUAUGAAAUAAUUUAAUUGUCAAUAAAGUUGGAUAAAAGAGAUAUGGUCAAAAUCUGGAAAAUGGCAUAAUGUAGUGUUUGUUCAUCAAGUUAAUAUUAGGACUUCAUGAACCUCAAAAGUUUAAUUUUUAUUGUAAUAGGACGUAUGGUGGAUGGUUAACUUUGGAAUUUAGUAUUCUAAAAAAACUUUAAAAACAGCUUUUUAAAUGUUUAAGGGAGAUAAUACAUAACAUACCUAGUUUGUUUUUAUGGAAAAAAAUAUUGGCUUACUAAAUAAUGUCUGACCAUUAAUUUGAUGCCAAGAAAAAAGUUUAUUUUUAAACCUUUGAAUUUUAAACCUAGCAGAUGUAGAGUGUCAAAAUAGGACAGUCCUAUGUCACUUUCCUUGCUGAUAGGGAAAAAUCC